AUGAAGCUGACCACCACCUUCCUCGACUCAAGCCUAUGGCUGCUUCUUGGGGCCUACGUUCAUGCCAUACCCGCACCAGCAGAGCGAUCCAUCAAUACCACCAUCCUGCCCCGCGACGGCGACCUCAACGACUGGGACGACAUGCAACACCAAUGGAACCACUGUGACUCGAUCAACCCCAACAUGCCGGCCGGCACGAAGAUCGGGCUCUUCAUAUGCGCCGCCUCCCUCAACUCCGACGCAGGGUUGCCUACGGAUUCCGAGAUCAGGAUCGACCGGACCGCCGAUCCGCAGCUCCUCUGCGAGCAAGAUUCGACCAAGGUCUGGAUGUCCGUCUACCACGGCAGCGCAAGCGGGCCUGCCGAGGAUACGUUCACGUUCAAGACGAGCGAUGUUCGCAACCUGACUCUCGCGGGUAGCACCAAGUGCUGCCCCUACGACUUGGAAACGGACUCGUACCUUAACCCGUGUAUGGGCUGGGGUGUUCUGGGGAUGGAAAAAGGUCGGAAUGAUGUGAUCAUCAGCGUGAACAAUGGCGACGGACCCGAAAUUAUCCCCUGCAACGCCCUGAUGGACUGCCCAAAGUAG